AUGGGUGUUGAGAUACGAAAUGGUGAGGCAGUUGGAUUUCUGUAUAGAUUCCAACUGACCUUGCUUACUACGGCUGCACUCUGUCCAUGCAGUUUUUCAGUUGCCUCAGUGGAGGACAAAUCGCACGAGAAAGGACUGUCAGGAUUCCCACAACCAUCCGAUCAAAAUAGCGCCAACGUAGAUGCUUAUCCACCUGAAGAGCUUAUACCAUCUACUGAACAACAGCGAUUACCAGGUACAUAUCCAGCAAGAAAGAUUGGUUAUUUGCCUAGCAGUGGUGGUUAUGGACCAUCGUACCGACUAAACCAGCCACCAUCUCCGCCGGCAACGUUACCUAAACAUGCGCAACCUGAUGAACCGGAAGAAUCUGUUGCUAGCACUGAACAAAAUCAUGAAGCUGGUGCUGGUGGUUAUGAAUCGGCUACGUCACGUAAACCAGGACGUCAUUCGUAUCCUAAAAUAUCGAAAUACCUGCCACCGCCGGUUCCUACUGCACCACCAUAUGCUACGCCGGUAACACCUCCUCUACGAACUGAGCCCGAAUUUUCGCACGAAUCUGCUCCGGAGAUGAUUGAAGAAGGAAGCGGGAUACCAGAAACUCCUGUACAACCGACUGCCACUACGACAGCUAAACCUGUUUCCAGAUAUACUGUUCAUGUAGAGCUGACGUAUGCGACGCCUCUUGCAACGAGUACCAAAACAAGCACAACCAAAGCCACGACCACUGUGUCAGUGCUUUCAACAACGGUAACCGAGGCGCUCACCGAAGAGGAAGCUAUGGUCCCCGAAUCACUUACCACGCUCAGUUUGCCGGAAAAAGAGACCACGUCGGUGAGCGAAAUAUCACAGGAAGAAAGUAGUACUUUGUCGUCGAGUUACACCUUGGAAUCAACAACGCUGUCAAUCCCUGAACAGCCAGAGUUACCGGCACCUCCAGAACCAUCAGAGUACCGGAAACCACCGACCUAUGGCCCGCCAACUACUAUUCGUACAUACACCGUUCCGCCAUCAAAAUUUAUUACACCGUUUCCAACAUUUCCAAGUACGCAAUCAACUAUGCCAGCAACACCAAUAGUAGUCACCGAAGAGCUUAUUACCUCAACUGAAGAACCACCGCAAAAACCUGUGCAUAUAAUUCCAACGGUUACACCACUCGAAGCAAUUCGGACCUAUCCUACCCCUUCCGGUAUUGUACCGAAUCGUUUGAGAGGGAAAGCUCACGUGGUCUGUGAAGAGGAAGGUUUGCAAUUCCAGAUCAGUACAUUGUUCCCAUUUACCGGGCAAAUAUUUGCGCAUGAACGAAAGCGAGUUCCUCAGUUAGUAGUUUAA